AUGGCCAGAACCAAGCAGACCGCCCGUAAAUCCACCGGAGGAAAGGCUCCCAGGAAGCAGCUGGCCACCAAGGCUGCCCGUGGGCGCCCAGCCACCGGCGGCGUGAAGAAGCCCCAUCGCUAUAGGCCCGGUACCGUGGCUCUGAGGGAGAUCCGCCGCUACCAGAAGUCCACCGAGCUGCUGAUCCGCAAGCUGCCCUUCCAGCGCCUGGUGAGGGAAAUCGCUCAGGACUUCAAGACCGACCUGCGCUUCCAGAGCUCCGCCAUCAUGGCGCUGCAGGAGUCCAGCGAGGCUUACCUGGUCGGCCUGUUCGAGGACACCAACCUGUGCGCCAUCCACGCCAAGAGGGUCACCAUCAUGCCCAAAGACAUCCAGCUGGCCCGCCGCAUCCGCGGAGAGCGCGCCUAAACCUACCCUACG